GGGAGGAACGUCCAGACGGCACCAUAUACGAGGUGCUUCGAUGUCCUGAGUGAGAAGGAAGAGAAGGACGAGCUCUCGGAGGCAGGACCCAAUUACCAGCUGACCCUGGCGAUGGCCAAGCUGGUUCUUCAGCGCAAGGACGACCUGCGCAACCAAAGGCGCGACGUGAACGUGGUUCUUGUCCAGCGCGCAGACACGAAGCUCCAACUGGCUCUCGAGGAGGGCGUCGGCAAGUACAACCAGGCGGGCAAGGAGGCGAUGAAUGCGGCCAUCGCUCAGGGCCCCAAACCAGAAGCCACGGUCUUGGCGGUGAAGACCAUUAUCGAGUUGGGCUCCAAAGUUCAGGAUCGCGACGCGAUCUUCCACGCAACCCGUUGUUUCGUGAUCGCGUCGGAGGACGCGGAGGGCAAUGCAGUGAAGAAGUGGAUCUUCGCGAUCAUGCGCCACCGUCAGCUCCACCAGACCUUCGAGACCCUGAGGGGCAACGGAGGCGGUCGGGCCGUGGGGCUGCAGUUCGAGCGCGACGCAGCGCCGCGCAGCCAGGCAGCCACGAAAGUAGAGAAGUUGGCCUUCCGCGAGGGCAAGGGGGCCAAGGGCAAGCGCAGGGCGAAGCGUCAGAAGAACUUGAGG